AUGAAGUCAAUUGCGAAAACAAAAUGGUUUAUCUCCUAUAAAUUAACUAGUAAAGGAACAGCGGAAAUCGCUCAACGGGCUAAUUUACUAAUUCAACCCACUAGUGCCACCCGGGCGGAUUUAGAACCUGCUGUCCGUGAAUUUAAUAGUUUAGUCAAACAAGGCAUUUCUCCGAAAAAACUAAUCUUGCUUCUCAAUAAUUUAAUCACUCCUGCCGAGGAAAAAGCCACCCGUACUUAUUUAGAGUUAACUAAUUAUCAUUGCUUACCUUAUGCCUUAUAUGCUCGUGCUUCUUACCGCCAAGCCCAAAAUGAAGGAAAAAGUAUCAGCGAAAUUUCUUAUCAGAGUUUAAGUAAACAAGUAAAGAAACUUUUAGAUAGUAUUUUGGAAAUACUAUAA